CCGCUAAGGCGGUGUGUACAGACCUUCACCGCCUUCGCUCUCCGCAAUCAUUGUGGACUGCGCGAUGUCGAGUUUAUCUACACUUAAUAGCUCUCUCAAUGCUUCUUGCACUCCAAGACUGUUUCUAAGAAUAUACGGAUAGGAAAUCUACAUUUAUCUCUAGAACAAGACAACCUAGUUCAAGAUGGCCGAUCCUCUUGACCUCAGUAAUCUCCACGAGGUCAUCAAUGCUCCCUUCCCCGCAACUACCAAGCAAACUGCCGGAGUGAUCAACGGGGUCAAGACAGACGUUAUGUCGAUUGGCUUUGCGGACAAGAUCCUUGUCACCGUUUCGCAGAAAGGAAAACUGGCUCACUGGCUCCAUGUACCACUUGAAAAUCUGAACCCUGGAACUGACGGUUUGCACACGAUUUCCGAUGGAGAUGAUGAUAGUCUCCUACCAAUGACUAAUCUGACAACGACAUCAAUCCUUGGUGGUCAUGCUGCAGGGCAUGACAUCGUAGGCCAACUCUAUGCGCGCCAGAUCGCGAGUGCUAUCGUCAUGAAAAACCCCAAUGAGAAGAGACUUCUCGUUGUUGGUCUCGGAUUAGACUCAGCUGAACCGGACCGUGAUGUUUUCUUCGCCAUUGUUGAUCUUGUUCUUGAGUGCAUCUGAUGCGAAGGAGAUUAUCUCGGCGAGUUUCGAUCUGAUGCCCCCUCAAGGUUAUUUCUUGAUGG